GAGAAGCCUUACAAGUGCCCUGAGUGUGACAUCUGCUUUAGCCAGCACUCGAGCUUGGUGCGCCACCGCCGCAAGCACUCUGGCGCCCGCCCGUACAAGUGUUCGCAGUGUGAGAAGACCUUCAGCCAGAAGGGGCACCUGAGCAAUCACGUUCGCACGCACACCGGGGAGCGGCCGUACAAGUGCGCCGAGUGCGGCAAGUCUUUUAGUGAGCACUCCCACCUCACGGCCCACCAGCAGAUCCACACUGGCUACCGACCGUACGCCUGUGACCAGUGUGGCAAGAGCUUCACCCAGCAUUCCACCCUUGUGCGACACCAGAGGAUCCACCUGGGCAAAAUGGACUCUUUCUGGAGGAACAUUUAUCAGGGAGAAGACACACGUGCCGAAUCUCCCACCAGUCAGGGGGCCGAGGAAGAAUUGUCUGGUGAUUUGGUGGAACACAGCUGA